AUGGUGGUACUGGUAAGGUAGGUUAACUCCUACGGUGGCACACAUUACAAUCGCCGAACGAACUAACGUCGUACUUGGAUUGGAAGAGAAACCAUGAAUCAGGAGGUGGGUGGUCGCAGUCGAAAGCGCAAGAGAAGAAACAAUCACCGGAAAAUUGAAACCCCUUCAAUAAAACAGAACGCCACCGCCGCCGCCGCCGCUAAUUCUACUGUCAAGAAAGAACUGCCUUCUACCUCUACUGUUUCUAAAAGUUCCACAAAGCCCUCAUCCUUCCUUGAAAAGAUGAAAGCAAAAUUAUCAGGGGGCCAUUUUCGUAUGAUUAACGAGAAGCUCUACACCUGCUCUGGAGAUGAAGCCCUCAACUACUUUAAAGAAGACCCUUCGCUGUUUAACAUGUAUCAUACAGGAUAUCAAGAGCAAAUGUCUCGUUGGCCUGAACAGCCUGUUAAUAUUAUCAUGAAGUGGCUAAAGGAUCGCAGCUCUUCUUUAGUAGUGGCCGAUUUUGGUUGUGGGGAUGCACGGCUUGCAAAGGGUGUAAAGAAUAAGGUGUUUUCUAUAGAUCUUGUUUCAAAAGAUCCUUCGGUUAUUGCUUGUGACAUGUCGAAUACACCUCUUGAUUCUUCAUCAAUAGACGUUGCUGUUUUCUGCCUUUCACUGAUGGGAACCAACUUCCCAAAUUAUCUUGAGGAAGCAAACAGAGUACUUAAACCAAGUGGUUGGCUUUUGAUAGCGGAGGUGAAGAGUAGAUUUGAUCCGAACACAGGAGGAGCAGACCCCGAUAGUUUUUGUCAAGCCGUCUGUGAACUAGGGUUUACUUCUGCAUCAAAGGACUUCUCAAAUAAAAUGUUCGUACUUCUAUAUUUCAAGAAAAAGCCAAAGAACAAUUCUAACAAGGAGAUUAAAUGGCCUGAACUGAAGCCAUGCCUGUACAAGCGUCGUUGAGCUCAUUACGUGCAUUUCUAAGCGAUCAAAUUAUCUGGCAUGACGACAUACUUGCUUGUUUGUUUGGUGCUUCUGUUUUAUCUUAAUGAUUGUUGACAAUAUUUAUUCACUUUUUUGUGUAGAAUUAGUUGUUUACUUUUCUCUAUUUAUAUGACUGAAUUGAGGAUUGGUCCGUAUCUUUCAUCGUACAUAUUAAUUUAUAAGCCUUUUAGCAGCCUAAUCGGCAUAAA